UCGUCUCUUACAAACGGCAGUGUUCCGGGAAAAGAAUCGUUCUGAGUUGGUUCAAAAUCCCCGCGCAAAUGUUCAAAUUGGUCUCGAAAGCCCUGGGCGUUUGCGGCUACAUUAUUCAGUAUGGCUGCAUUACGCAUUGCACCUUCGAGUACAUCGGUGACUUCGUCGUCUGUGUGGGCCCAUCUAUGGAACCAACGCUCACCACCAACAACGUGCUUAUUACUGACCGGAUCACGCCGCGCCUUUCAAAGCUGAAACGCGGGGACAUAAUCAUCACGAAAAGUCCAACAAACCCGGUGCAGCACGUGUGUAAGCGAAUCAUUGGUAUGCCGGGUGAUCGUAUUAUGACGCGAGCAUCGUUCAAUCUCAACCCGCUAUCGAACACGUACACAAUCUACACAUCGGUCGUCGCAUCCGAAACGACGACCGCGCAACAGACCCCAAGCUCAGCUCACAAACCCCUCCACGUGCCCGCGGCCAAGCUCCGACAAAAAGUGGACUAUGUAAGCAGUUCGAUCGAUGAAACUCGAUCAACGAGCCAGCCGACCACCAACGCCGUCCACAGUAACCGGCCAGAUGAAGCGAACGAAGGCGAAGCCACGGUCGAGAUGAUGGACGAGUUGGGAACACGUGUAGAACCCAGACCGAGCAUUGUUACAGUGCCGCGCGGGCACCUAUGGAUCGAGGGCGACAAUGUACAAAACAGUUCCGACUCGCGCAACUAUGGCCCCGUUCCGAUUGGACUCGUGAAAAGCCGGGCUAUUUGUCGACUUUGGCCAUUGAACGAGUUCAAGCUGUUCAUUUAAACACCCGACGGUUCCUUUCGUCUUACCUCCGUGAGACGUGUAAUAUUGCUGCAAGGAUUGAUAUUAAAUAGAUAACACGCCCCUUCGCCUCCGAACGAUAUAGACUGAAAAGGUUGAGGCACACUUAUGUUAAGAUUAGCGGACCGGAAGAUUGCCGAAAAGAAAACGAAACAGAUAACUGGCUAUUCCACACCGAAAAUCGGUGACCGAAGGAGUGUGUGUGGAUUACGGCAUUGUCUUUAUUUUUAGGAAUUUCCUUAGUUCGAUACAGCUACGCAUACACACAGACACUUCACGAUACAAAGAUAAUUUUCCCGCACUACAGUUUAGAUUUUGUUAAAAUUAGAGAAAAACCUGCACUACGUUUAAUAAUAAAACCAAAACAUACACAAAACAAAGGCUCGGCUCGUUCGAGGAGCCGACGCAGCAGG